AUGAAUGCCGAAGAAAGGGGGCAGAUAAAGGAGCGGUUCUGGAAACGUGUCCAGAAGGUGAUCGGUCUCGUGCCGCAUCGAGUCAUGGCCUUGCUGGAUAUGUUCGACCUGUCAGCAUCGCAAGUCAUCGCUGAGGCAAGUGUGGAAUGGCCGAAACUCAUCGAAGAUGAUAUCAGAAAGAGUGGUGUCGAAAUUUUCGAUGAUGCCGUAAGCCGAGGGCUCGCAAGGUCAAAGUACGAUGUGUUUGGCCGGCAACAGAACGACCUGGCAACAUUCAGUUUGCAUGCCGCUGAAGAGGUUUCGAUCAACAAUGUAGGCAAAUUGAUCCAAAAGUACGGGAUACGCCAAUUCAUCGAGGGCUCACCUGUACUAGCGAGACGGUGCCAAGAAAUUGGUACAGACCAAGUAAAUCCUAUUGCUGACGAUUCGAAGAAAAUGCUUCUAGAGAAGUUGGCCAACUACUACCGUCAGCACGAGGAAUGUGGAGUCGACCCCGACUACUUCGUAGACUUGCCAGUGCUUACCAUUUCAAACACCGGGGACCAAGCGACAGUACGUGUUACGUGCGCAGUAUGCAAGAAAACACGUCCCAUGUGCAAGCGUUCUGGUGGCAAUUGGGUUACGAAUAAUUAUUACCAGCAUGUUCGUACACAUUUACGGGGAGUGGUCCGUAGAAGAGAAGAAGAACUGGCAAGUCUAAGUUCAGAAGAGGACACGGAUAGCGAUGGAGAUGGCGCUCACGGGGAUCGCGCUGUUGGUGGUGGCAGUGGAAGCGUUGAGGAAGCUGAUGUUGGCGGUGGCAGUAGUGUAGCUUCGAGAAACGAUAGCGUUGACGAAGCAGCUGUUGGCGAUGGCAGUGGUGGAGCUUCGAGAAGCGGUAGCAAUGAGGAAGCUGCAAAUGAUGGUGACAGUAGUGAAGCUGCUAUUGUCGAUGGUGAAACUGUUGUUAGCAGUGGCGAUGGUGGACCUGCGGAAAGCGGUAACGAUGGUACAGCUCCUGUUAGCGCUGGCGGUGAUGGAGCUGCUGGUAGCGGUGUAUGUCAACCGAGCAGAAAGUCGGUGGCAGACUUGAUCAAUCAGUAUCAAUACGCCGGCGAAGGUAGCAGCCGUCACCAUCAUCACUUGCGGGGUGGGCAUUUUCUGAGGAGUGACAACAAAACGUCGGGAAACUAG